GGUGGUGGCAUGAAUGGGAGACCACUGUGGGUUUAAAGCAGGGCUGCUCCACUUCUAUUGGCCUACCACGCCCAUAAUCCCUGGCUAUUGGCCACUAUGGUGGGGAUUAUGGGGGUUGUAGUCUAAAGACAUGGGGGGGAGUUGAGCAGGCCUGGUUUAAAGAAAGCAGAGGGGAGGAAUUUGGAGGCGAGAAACCCUGAUAGAAGGGGAGCUAUAGCAUGUUUGAAAAGACAAGGAUGGGGAUUUUCUAAAGGGGUUUUUUUUAGGUAGGAAGAGGGAUUUUUUGACAGAGGGGAGGAAAUGGGUCAUUCCCUGAUGGAAUGGUCCGAGUGCCCUACGAGGACCUCGGAGAUCUGAAUUCAAAACUGCCCCUCCGCUACGAAGCUUAGUCUAGCCUGCCUCACAGGGUUGUUGUGACGAUGAAGUCUGGAAUGUGACUUGGCCCUAAAUCUGGUCGGCCAGCAUUUGGCCAGACAACUGGUGGUGAAAGGGCUGAGGGAGUUUGUGAACAAUCAGGACCCCGUGAAGCCUCUCGUGAUGUCGUUUCAUGGCUGGACAGGUACAGGGAAAACCUAUGUCAGUUCUCUGCUGGUUCGCUACCUCUUCCGGGAUGGGCUUCGGAGCCCUUUCGUUCACCGGUUCUCCCCAAUAGUUCACUUCCCUCACGUGGAACACAUUGACCAGUACAAGAUUGAUCUGAAGAACUGGAUCCAGGGGAAUCUGACACGUUGUGGCCGUUCAGUGUUUCUCUUUGAUGAGAUGGAUAAGAUGCACCCAGGCUUGAUCGACGUGAUUAUUCCGUUUCUGGGACAGUCCUGGGUUGUGUUUGGAACCAACUACAGAAAAGCUAUCUUCAUUUUUAUUAGCAAUGCUGGUGGGGAGCAGAUUAACCGAAUGACUCUGGAACUCUGGUGGGCCCGUAAAGACCGGGAGGAGAUCAGCUUUAAAGAUCUGGAAGCGUCCGUUUUGGAAGCCGUUUUUCAAAAUCCCCAGAAUGGGUUUUGGAAGUCCGGAAUAAUUGAACAGCGCCUGAUCGACGUCCUUGUGCCUUUCCUCCCUCUGAAGCAGCACCAUGUGAAGCAGUGUGUAGCAAAUGAGAUUGCCAGCCAAGGCCUACAGCUGCAGCCAGAUGUCAUUCAGGCAGUGGCCGAAAGCAUCCCUUACUUCCCGGAAGAGGAAAAGGUGUUCUCCUCGACAGGCUGCAAAACUGUGUCUUCGCGUGUCCAAUUCUUCCUCUGACCGGUGUAGUGACAUUUUAUCCUGAGUCUGUUUACUUGCAUGAAAAGACUUCACUAGAUGCCGGGGGGUGCCCCGAACCCACAGAGGCCAUUUGGGGAUGUGAGCUAUUCACCCAAAGACCACCUUUCUCUGUCCGUCAUGACUUUAAGACCAAGGGAGAGACUUUCCAGAGCAUUGACAUGGGAACACAAAGUAAUGCUGACUUGCUCAGCAACAACAACAAAAAGCACUUUAUCAAGAGUUAUACUUUGCCCUGAGACGUAUGAAGGUGUGGAAUCUCUGAGUACAAAGGAGAAGCAGCUAUGUGUAUUGGGAGGAAAACUUGGCUGGUUUUUUUAAUAACACAGUUAUACAGACUUUUUUAAAGAACUGGCAGCUAUCACAUUUGGAUUUCUUAAUACAGCACACUUGAAUGGGUUUUUCCUGGGGCCCUAAAAUCUUACCUCGACUUUAUUCAAUCGCAUUUUGAAACACACUGUGACAAUAUGAAUGAGCUGGAAGCUGCCAUCCUCCUAGGGAUGAAACUCAGAAGUCUUGAAGUAUAUGGGUUAAGCUCUGUGUGGCAAACUUACAAGGGUUUGUUUUCCGUAUUGUGAUGAGGUGCUAUUAGUAAAAAUGUCAAGGGCAAUAUAAAUCAACUAGUGUAAUUAAAGAAGACCAGUCUUUGUAUAGAUAGCCGAAAAUAAAUCUCUUACCUCCUCGGGGUUUAA